AUGUCCCUCGUCCCCUUCAUCGAGCUCUACCGCUGGGCGCUGCAGCCCGUCGCGCCCUUCGCCUGGUUCGGCCUCAGCAUCAGCACGCUCGACCUCGCCGCCGCCUUCCGGCUGUGUAUCGUCCUGCGGCAGAUACGGGAGGGCCUGAGGGCGCAGCAUGUCGCUAAGAACGGCGCCGCGAAGCUAGAGCAGAGGAGCUUUGUGAGAGACGCUGCGAGCACGCUGCUGGUGGUGUACGGCGGGGAGAUGCUGAUGUGCCCGUACCUCGGGACGCCCCCGUCCUUCAUCGUCUCCGGCGUCGUCCCCGUGCUCUACACCGCCAUCCAAGCGCUCGUCGAGCGCCUCCCCGCCUCAGCCAUCCCCCAGCCGUCCAUCCACACAGAGCUUCCGCUCUCGCUCAUGGACGGCCUCACGCGCGCCUUCCUCCUCUGCACGCUCAUCCCGCCGAUGGUCACCGCCAACCCGCACGGCGCGCUCGCCGGCUCGCCAUGGACGCUCCUCCUCACCUCCCUACUCACCGCGAACACAGGGUUCUUCCUGGUCAACCUCGGCUCGCUGCUCGCCCCGACGCCGCUCGCGCUCGCGACGCCGCCCGAGCUGCUCCCGUACGGCUGGACGACGACCGACCUAUGGUGUGCACCGCUCGUCACGGGGGUCUACGCCACCCUGACGCACGCGCAGCCCUUCUGGGCGGACGUGCACGCGGUUGCGGCGGGGCUCUUGGACCAGGCGAGCAGCUUGGAUGAUGGUAAGGUCGCGCCGCUGGAUGCGGAGUCCGCGCGGGCGGCGUGCGCGGUGCUCUUGGCGGCCAUGUUCGCGACGAGGGCGGUGAAGAACUUUGGUGGUGAGUGGAUACAGCAGACGAAGCCUGCCUCUGCGUCCCCUUCGAAAGCCCCGGCUCGUAGAUCGAAGAAGCAAUAA